AUGGAGGCAAUCAAGACCUAUACCUGUCCCCCCCCUAUCGUACCCAUAACGCGACACGAUCUCCUCAAUCCAUGCGUGACGCCCGCCUACACGAUGCUUGCCGAAUUCCGAAGCGUAUAUGAGAGCUCUUGUGUUCGGCUCCAGUCCGCUAUCGAGACUAUUCAAUUACUGCAGGCAGAGAUCGACUAUCUAAAACAAUCUCGCACACUCGCUGAGGAGACGAAGAAGGCUCAGUCCAAGAAAGCUGGAACUUCGCCGCUGGAGCUCCCAAGAGAGGUAAAAGAAGACACCACGCAUAUAAAAGUCCUGGGAGAGAAGAUUGCUUUGUUGCAGAAAGCAUAUAUUAAGAGAAUCAAGGCUCAGGAGGCAUGUCUCGUCGACGCGGAGAACUUGCGGCAGGGAGGGAAGAUGCUAGUCUUUCUGGAGGGGAAAGAGGGGUGA